AUGGAUAACAUAAACCAACUCCUAGGCCGAUUGGAAUUGGAACAUCUGAAGAAGAAUGGUGCUUCGGUUGAAACAAAGGCUGAGGAAAAAGCUGUGAGAGAGGAGAAACCACCACCCGUAAAGGUCUAUGUGGCAUCAAAACUAUCGCCUGAUCACAGCUAUUUCAAAUCUGUAGCAUCAAGUGACGCUCCUUGGAAGAAGCUGAACAGGUCUGAAGAGGCUAACCAGGCAGUUAGAAUCAAGCCUCCCUCUGAUCUCAAAGCGCAAACCGACAGAAGUGUCUAUAGUAGACACGAAAGGUGGGGUCAAUACGAUAAAAGACCUGCAAAGUCAGACAAAGGCGAAUCAAAGACAGUGGAGGAUAAACAUUCUCUCGCCAAAGAAUUUUUACUAGCACUCCAGAAAGACCACGAGUCUGAUGCGAAAAAUCCCAUACACGAUGAAGAUAGAGUUGUGGAAGGCUUGAAUGUGACACUACUGGAUCAUCAGGUGAGAGGAUUAAGGUUUUUCCAGAAAAGAGAGUCAAACACCGAUGCCCAAAGAGGCGGAAUGUUGUGUGACGAUAUGGGACUGGGAAAAACUAUUCAAAUGAUUUCUCUAAUUCUUGCAAAUCGUCCCACGAAGGAAUUUCGCAAGAAGAGCAAGAACUCCCCUGUUACACUAGUUGUUUGUCCACUUGCCGUGGCAAGCCAAUGGUGUAAAGAAAUACAAACAAAAGCUCCCUCACUAAAAACUUAUAUUUUCCAUGGCUCAGAUAAAGCCACAGAGUACAAAGAACUGCUAAAAUUUGAUGUUGUUGUGACGACUUAUAAUGUCGUACUUUGGGACUUGAAAAAGAAAUCAAAGGCCAUCUUGACUGCAGGAAACUGGUGGAGAAUUAUCCUUGAUGAAGCUCACACCAUAAAAAACUUCAAUUCUAUGACUGCCAAAUCAUGCAUCGAGCUGAAAUCUAGUCAGAAAUGGUGUCUAACCGGAACUCCGAUACAGAAUAAUCUGGAAGAGAUAAGGGCGUACCUCUUGUUUUUAAAGAUGGGCAAGUACGCUGACCCAAACAAAUGGAGUCAAGACAUAGCAAAAUCGAUACAUAGGGGACACGCCGAUGAGGCCUUGGAUUUAUUGAAACAAGAUUUUGCUCCUUUCUUUUUAAGAAGAUCCAAAGCUAUUCUCCAACAGUCCGCGUCUGGAUUCAAAUUGCCUCCGAAAAUAAUUCACUCCGAAUUAGUCGAAUUCGAUCCUAAGGAGAAAAUUCUAUAUAGCAUGAUGGAGAGAAGAAUGAGGAGUGUCUUACUUCCUGAAGAGGACAAUGAACUGGAAAGUCAAGUCUCCCUGAAAGUUGAUGUUUCUUCAAUAAGUGGUUAUUUAGGUGCAUUGGUAUGUCUCCUGAGACUAAGACAAAUAUGUUGUCACUGGAACUUGAUUUAUGAAUUCAAGGAGGAAGAAUUAGAAAGCGAAUACACCCCAAAUGCUUUAGAAAAUUCAGAUAAGAAAGUUGAGAACUCGGUUGAAGACCUCAAUGAUAUGAUGAAGGAACUUGAGGUUACAGAAAAGAAGUGUCUGAUAUGCCGCUCUCAAUUGUGGUCCGACGACGUGAAGUAUUGUUCGCAAUGCAAAUCGUUAAGCGAACAGCAAACUCCCCCCCUUGAACGCAGUGCCAAAAGUGAGCGGCUUCUGGAAAUAUUAAAACGAGACCCGGCAAGAAAGACGAUCAUAUUUUCACAAUUCACCAAGUUGCUUGCAACUCUUAAGCCUUUCUUGACAAAAAAUGGCUUCAAAUGUGUUCUGUAUGAGGGAACCAUGACUCGAGCAAUGCGUGACACAACAUUAAAAGAAUUCAACGAAAAUCCAGAAACGACGGUCCUUUUGUGCUCUCUCAAAUGCGGUGCUAUUGGCUUGAACUUAACCAUAGCUAAUCGUGUUGUGAUUUACGAUCCAUGGUGGAACCCUCAGGUUGAAGAUCAAGCCAUAGAUAGGGUGUACCGCUUUGGUCAAACAAAAGAGGUUGACGUGUAUCGUUUGAUUAUCAAGGACUCUGUUGAAGAAAAUAUUGUAAGGCUUCAAGAGAAAAAACGACAAGUUGCGGAGGCUGUAGUGGAUAUUCAUGGCAAAAAGAAAGUUUCGCUGAAUAGAGGACUAACACGAAAAGAACUAUUUCAGUUGUUUGGAGUGAAGUUUGGCCAAUCCUAUUGA